UUUUGUCAGUGUGGUCCCAUGAAAAGAUAUACUUAAAUAUCUGCAGAAAUGCGAGGGGUGUACUCACUUUUGUUAUACACUGUAUUCGCACUGUUCUGCCAAUAAGCCCUCAGAGUACAUCUGCUAGAUAUGACUUAACUAUACCUACUGCAAUACCCAAAUAACAAACGAUUCAGAAAAGUUAAAGUAGAAAAAAAAAAGCUAUUCAUUUUCUCUUCUUCUCUUUAAGUCCUUCCUAUAGCCGUGUUUCACUGAACCAUCACCAAAUACAACCUUGAACUCAAUUACGAGACACAGAUGAACUUCAUGGCAGUAAUUUAAUUUAAAAUUAAUAAUUACUCUUCUCUGACUGAACAGAAAAUUUGGGGAACUUUGCAUGACUGUGAUAAAGCUGAACUUUAUUUACAGAAAAAUCACCCCAUCGUUUCCUCGCAGUUUUGUGUUAAUAAAUCCACAUUAAUCUUUUUAGAUAUAUAUACUGUGUAUGAUGAUUGUGAGAUGAAAAGCACAAAAACCAAUUGCUUUUGCUUAGGGGCAAGCAAUUGCAACAUAGGAAGUCAACGUCGUGUGAUUCCUCACACCUCGUUUGAAAGAAAGCUGGCAAGUAGACAUUGGUCUAAGAAUGUGAGCAAAACAAAACUAAAGAGUAAAUGAAACGAUGUAGUGACUGUGAUUAAGAAGAAGAGCUUAACGGAGAGUGAAGGGACCCAUAAAAGCAGGCUGAUUUCUUACUUCAUCAAAGUGCAUUCAGAAUUUCCAUGAGCAUUUUAUUCUAAAAAAGCUCAUGAAUGCAAGCAAAAUUGUCGCAAAUAGGCAGUGCAUUGGGUAACAUCAUAUGAUUGGAUUACAGUAAGUGUAUAGAUCGGCAUUAAUGGUAUAUCUCUUUGUUUAGUUUUGAUUGACAGUCUCUGCAUUGUUCUGCUAAUAAAAAGUGUUCAUGAAGAGAAGGUAAAUAUGUUCAAACCUUUUCAGAUAGCACACAGCAUGAUAACGUGUGAUCUGCCAGAUGAAGAAAUGUGCCCAGUACACACCAGCCACUGUCUGUACUGUGAUUUUUUUCGAUUUUACAAAACAAAAAUUGAGGUGUUACGGAUUUAAUUUAAACAUCAGCCGUUUUCAUAUAAAAGAAGAACUUGUAUUACCGGUAGUCAUUUUUUUCUUUAACAUGAAAACACAACUUAAGUUUCAUCAUCCAUCCCAAACUCUCAUUUACCUAUUAGAAGUUCAGCUCUGAUAUGUAUUAAAUGACAAUAGUAAACAAUGGUGCUGAAUUGUAAACAAAUGUUUGUAUAUUAUUGGAGACACGGAUGUAUGUUUGCACUGUCAUACAUUUUUGUGAGUCAAAAGUUUUAGUGGUGUGCUAUGUGCUUGUGUUUUUCUUUUGUGACCGUUUCCAUUUUGCCUCCCCCAAAAACAUUCAUUAUGAUACUCCUUUACUAUUCUUGUAAAUGUUCUAAAAACAAUUCAUUGUGCUCUGUUAAAUGUCAAAGCCUCUUAAGACCUGAGUCCACACUGUUGAGUUCAAUGGGACUAAGGUGAAUACGUCCUCUGCAUCACUUUGGUGCUCCUUAACAAAAUGGAUUGUGCUUCUAGUUUGCCAAAAAGGCAAGUUUGCCCCAUUUUGAGUCAUAUUUAGUGAGGAGCACAAAGGAAAUCAUACAAAGCUCAAGAGUCCAUGUGCCAUAGGCUGAGGGUCCACUUGAACUCUUGUGAGGACAGUGACAUGGUUGUAAUACAAUCCAAGCUGCUGAGUUCGAAAUAAUUAGUCGGGAACCGGUGAUGCUUUCACAAUCACUGGAAACGGGAUAAGUGUGUUUUUAAAUUUUUGCAAGUAAUUACAUUUUCCUUUUGAAUUUCAUUAUAAAAUUGUUUUGCUUCUCCAAGUAAUAUAAAAAAACCUUUGUAGAAAUAUCUAUUAAUUUAUUACAUUUCUUCCCCCUUUGUUUAUUCUAUUCAUAUUGUACAGGGUAGACAUGAAAUGGUAUGCUCAGUGGAAUUCUUGAUUAGGCAACAUAUAUAUAUAAGUAUGCGAGUCUGCGAUUGGGUGUGCAUGCUUGCAAAGAUCGAGCUAUGUGUCAGCAAAACUUCUGUUUAUUUUUACUUUAUCCUCACCUGUGUCAUGUAAGGAAAUGUGUUCUCAGUGUGUUGUGUGUAAGCAUUGCAAAUUGUGGGUUUAGAGAAAAAGACAAAGUGUUUAGGGAGUGGACAUACUAUGUGUUGAACACCUAUGCUGAAAAGACGUGGGCGGGUAAAUGAUUAGAUAUGAGACAGAUUAUAUUAAAAAAAAAAAGCAAAUGAUGUAUAUGUAUAAAAAUAAUAAUAUGCUUGUAUUUUCUUGUAUAGUAAUUAGUGUUAGGAUGUUUAAAUGAAAAACACUGAAUGUCUGGGGAGUAUGUGAUGUUUAUGGUGUGCCCUGAAAUGAUGGCAGCUUACCAACACCUGGGCUUUGGCUCAUGUUACAUCUCAAGACGUACACACCUCCCCAUGAAAUGAAACAUUUAGACACAUAAAAUGUGGUUAUCUGAUAUUUAUGGUGAUUGUGCCUUUCACUUCUGCAUGGUUUUUGUGAUUUUUUUCCAUCCCUAAUGUGGACACCUGUUCACAGACAGGCAAAACCUAUGCAAAAUGAACUGAUGGGUAUUACAGCAUCCAUUCAGAAAACAGGUAUCCACCAACAAACUCACACUCGAAACAACACAAUAAAUGCUCAGGUUAACGCCUGAAUCUCGUGUCAUUUUUUUUUUUGCAUGGGAUUGAGUCUUUUUAGUGACUGCAAUGUGAUAGAAGAAAAAGUACAACUUUGUAUAUGUUUUAAAAAAAUAACUUUACAGUCAAAGUCACCAGAUGGAAAAGUGCUAACAGGCCUGAGCUCAUGCUGAAGGGAGGUAAUUUCAUCUCAGUUUCCCUUUUAAAAGUGAUAAAUGAAUUCAGAGCUUUUCAUCUAAACACGUUUCAAACUCAACACCUGAAUAAAGACAAUAAGAUUUAGUGUGAGCAAGCAAGUGUGUGUGGGCUUUUUUUUUUUUUGCGCGUCAAGCGUGCCUCGUUGUAGUGUGGAAAAGUCCAUGAAGAGCCAUAGGAAUGCAGUAUGGCAUAUUCCAGCUCCGGGAGGCUUUAAGCAGAUGUGUUUUCACAGUGCAAACAUGCAUUAAUGUAGAUUAAAAAAAAAAAAAAAAAAAAAGGAUGAAGUACUGUAGCAUCCAGACGGAUGAAAAAUGACUAGCGAUAGACAAAGCUCAAAGACUUGAGGACAUUGGAAUAUACUUUUGUUGUAUUUUUUUCACAAAAAUUUUAAAAGGAUAAAAGUAUAUUAGGUAUUUUUGAGAAAUAAUAGUUAACUUUAUUAUAUUUGCGACUUUCUACUAUCACUUAAUCUAUGUAAGGCACCGUAGGACACUUGGAUUGGAUUUCUACAAUAAAAUGUGUUUAAAACAGUGGUUAUUAACCUGGGUUCCGCGUAUGUUCAGACUCACACAGGGCCUCAUUUUUGUAAACUGUAUAAAUCUGGCGAAGUGGUAUUUUAGACCAAGUUUUGAUAAUUCCAUGUCCGUACAUGUGCAACCCUGCACUUUGGAAAGAGGGCGGGAUGUUCUCGAUAUAAGUGCAUGAACAACGCUGGCUGGUUUGCACCCAAGCCAUAGGCUUAAUUCAAUUUGUUGAACUCCUAGACCUCUACCUGAAAAGAAGAGAAACUGGUUUGGUCAGUGGAAGGUUGACACACACGUGAUAUUGGAAGAAAAGCAAAAGGGCCAUUUUUAUAAACACAGCAGACCAGGUUUCAAAAUGUUUCUCACACUGUUGUAUUGUUUUGAUGAUAAAUUUAUCCCCCCCCCCCCCCCCCCUGAACACAUUGAUUUUGUGUACAAUUUUCGUCAAUCAUUUUGGGCAUGUAUAAAAUGUUUACUGUACCGGUUUUGAAUUUGAACAAAUUUCUUGAUUGUCUAAUUAAGUUUCCGUGAAUGCACAUUAAAUAAUUCAAUGACAAAUCCUGGUUAACCAAUCGGUUGAAAUUCCACCCAAAAUGAGUUAUCUCUGUUCCUUAGCUCAUUGACUACCAUUGACGGCGAUAGACUUCAAUUUAAUUUGAAAAGGGAGGGUUGGCAGUGAUUGAUUGGAUUUCAAUGCGAUUGACGGCAUUAAACGUCCAACCCAUUUUUAACAAUUUUCCAUUUUAAAAUUAUUACUUUCCUUAUGUGUGUAUCGAUUGUUGGGGCAGAUAGUUCAUCAGGGUAGAGAAAAACCAGCACAGUGUAUUGAAGUAGGAGUUGCUGUACGGUGCUGGGCAGGAAGAAGGGGGAGGAGAAGAAUUUGCCGAAAAUGCUAACAACAACUGAUGUAAGUCGAGCAGGCGGAACAACUGGCAUUAAGGAACUGGACACCUGCGAGCGUCGUCGACAUAUUGUCAUGAGAAGUCCCUGUUUGCCCAGUUUUCUAAAUUCACCAACAUCGGAGAAAGUCACUGGUUUCCUAAGAGAAUUUGAGCCGUAAAAAUUGUCCAAAUAGAUGUUAAAUUUCCUCAAACUAGCAGUAAAGGUGGGCCUUUAAGUUUUUUUUUUUUUUUUUUUUUUUUUUUAUGUCAUUUGGGACCUACAGGAAGCUCAAAUGUAAUAUCUUGUAUCUUAAAUGCCAUUUUAAUGGUAGGAGAGGCUAAGUGUGUCACCCUCUAGCAAUAGGAAUAGCCAUGCACAAUUCAUCCCCAGAAUUAGUGUCAGGGUACUCUGACAGAUUUGUGGUGGCUAAAGAUGUCACUCCUGAGACAACGCUGGGCAGUGCCUACUCGCCAGUGGACUACAUGAGCAUUACCAGCUUUCCCAGGUUGCCAGAGGAUGAGGUGAUGCAAGGGGACAAUGCCUUCAAAUCUCGCAAGGAUGAUUACGUCUUGGCCGAGCCAGAGUCAGACCCCAGUGUGUUUUUGCAAUCUGCUCGUCUCCAGCGUCUUCCGUCGUCGGCAUCUGACCUGGCCUACCAAGAUGCCAUGUCCUUAAGGGAGACGACUACAGACCCUUUUACGCAAGAUUGUGCUUGCCAGCGGGAUGGACUGAAGGUCAUUAUCACAGCAUGUCUUACCUUUGCCACAGGAGUCACCGUUGCACUUAUCAUGCAAAUCUACUUUGGAGACCCUCAGGUCUUUCACCAGGGAGCGGUGGUGACAGAUGUGGCUCGGUGUACGUCCCUCGGGUUUGAGAUUUUAGGGAAGCAAGGGUCCAGCGUUGAUGCUGCAAUCACUGCUGCACUCUGUUUGGGCAUUGUACACCCUCACACCUCUGGAUUAGGAGGAGGCGGAGUCAUGUUGGUGCAUGAUAUCCGGAAAAAUGAGACUAGGGUCAUUGACUUCAGAGAAACGGCGCCGGCUGCCAUUCGGGAGGAGUUGCUUCAAACAAAACUUGAUCUCAAACCCGGUUUGCUAGUUGGAGUACCUGGAAUGCUCAGUGGGAUGCAUCAGGCACACCAACUUUAUGGCAGACUACCCUGGAAGGAUGUGGUUACAAUGGCAGCAGAUGUGGCCAGAGAUGGAUUUAAUGUCACUCAUGAGUUAGCUGAAGCACUUGCUAAAAUCAAAAACCAGAACAUUUCGGAUGCAUUUCGGGAUCUGUUCCUCCCCAAUGGCCAUGCUCCCCUCUUUGGGUUGUUGAGCAGACGCCUUGAUUUGGCCAGUAUCUUGGAUGCUGUUGCAGAUAAAGGGAUAUCAGAGUUCUACAAUGGAAACCUGACACAGGAAAUCGUCUCUGCGGUGCAUUUAAGCAAUGGGGUGCUCACUGAAGACGACUUGGGUAACUACAGCACAGUCCUACAGAAAGCAGCCCAUAUCAACUAUCAGGGACACCAUGUGAUGGUGGCUCCGGCGCCUCAUGCAGGUAUUGGCCUGAUCGCAGCCCUCAACAUUCUCGAAGGUUACAACAUCACCAAGCAGGAGCCCAGGAAGAACACCUAUCACUGGACUGCAGAGUCUGUGAAAAUAGCUCUGGCCCUGGCAAGUGGCCUAGGAGACCCUAUAUUUGACACUUCAAUCUCAGAGAUAGUCAGCAAGAUGUUGAGCAAAGAACAGGCAUCCUUGCUUCGCCAAAUGAUCAACGACAAUCAGGCCUUUCCUGCCAGCCACUACACACCCUUGUUUACUUUGGAGGAUGAUGCAGUUGCUGCCCAGGUUAUAGUCAUGGGCCCAGAUGACCACAUUGUUUCAGUUGUAAGUUCCCUAAAUAAACCAUUUGGCAGUCGGAUAGUGACUCCUUCUGGAAUCCUUUUGAACAGCCAAAUAAUGGCCUUCUCUUGGCCUAAUAAAACCCAAACCUCUACACCUAACCCUCAUAACAGCCUUCAACCUGGGAAGAGACCAUUGUCGUUUUUGAUGCCAACUGCAGUGAGGCCAUCCGACGGACUGUGCGGUACAUAUAUUGCAGUUGGAUCCUCCAACGGAGCAAAAUCUCUCAGCAGCAUCACACAGGUGCUGCUGAAUGUUUUGUCCUCACGCAAAAACAUGAGUGACAGUUUAGCGUUUGGUAGACUCCAUCCACAGUUGGAGCGAAACACCUUACUAGUGGACUCUGAAUUCCUAGAUGAAGAUGUUGAACUGCUGGAAGCCAAAGGACACAAGAUUGAAAGAAUAAAUGUUUUGUCUUUGGUUGAGGGCACUCUAAGAACAAAUGACCUUAUCAUUGGAGUGACGGACCCUCGCAGUGCUGACGCCUCAGCCCUCAUAAUGUCUAGGACAUAAGUGUUUUCCUAAAACACUCCUGCUGAAUUAUUUGGACACUGAACAAAUUGAAUGCACCGUUUCUGGUCAAACCAAUGUAGAUUUUUCUCUUGCUGUUUGAAAAGAUGAUUUUAAACAGCAAUCAAACAGACCCGUGUUGGCUCGCUUGUCACAAGUUGGGCUUCCAUCCUCCUAUUUUAAGUCACAUAAUCAAAAAUAUCAAACAUUAAUGGAAGCAGUUGAAAAAAAAGGCUGGUAAUUAACAUGAAGUUUAUGUUUCAAAGGGGGGUACAUUUUUGUCGGUUCAUACUGUAUAUGAAAGAAAAAUUCUAUUUAUGAAAGCAGGUUUUGCAAAUAAAUAGUGACUAGCACGGACAUUAUGUCACACAUCUACGUCAGAUCAACAAGCUUUUACUUUCUUUGGUCUGAUUCGGGUGCACGGUAUGGAAACCUAACUACAGUUGAAUAUCAGCUGUUCUGCCCUGCACGAUUCCAUUCCCCAGUAUCUGAGAUUAAUACAAGCGAAAUAUAGUUAUCUAUUAAAAUUCUGUGCAUUCGAAUUCAUCUUAAACUGCAGAGAAUGCGCCAUUUGGCACGUGACUAGUUUUAUAGAUAGGCCUAGAUACCGUGAACGUCUGUAAACCCCUACAACAUUGCUGCUGUACAAUGAUUCCCUCAAUCUUUAACUAUUCUGUUUAUAGGUAUGUGUAUAGAUGCUGAGGAAGUUGAUAUCCAAGACCAAGUGGUUCAGAAUUGUUGCCUCAGUUAGACUACCCUAAGUAAAAAAUAAAUACAAUUGUACAAUUCAGUUUGUUACUGUACUGUGUAGUUUUGGUUAAAUGCAGUCUGACCCACUGAUAAGUUACCUGAAUAAUGUCAUUUAUGCAAGUUUCUGUAUGUACUGUAGAUGUACAGUUUUUUU